AUGUACGGCUCAUACGGUUCAUACAGCUCCAUGGGCGCCAUGUCCAUCUCGGCCCCCAUCGACAUCGGCUCCAGCAACAUGCUCGCCCACGACCGCUCUUGCGCCUUCCCUUCGUGGCCCCGCCGCGAGACCCUCGCCGACUUUGACGGCGAGCCAAGAGCGACCUCUUACCUCUCCGACGAGGACCUCUUCCCUCAGGACUUUGAGGACGACGCCCACUCCGUCUCCAGCCACGGCAGCUUCUCCUCUCCCAACUCCCGCUCGCCCCAGAUCACCGAGGCCGAGCUUCUUGAGAUGGAACGCGAGCGGAUGGCCAUGCAGCGCGAGGCCAUGCGCUGCGUCAUGCUCGAGAAGGAGCGCCGCCGCCAGCAAGCCCUCAAGCAGAAGCAGGCCCGUCGCAGCAGCUCCAAGAAGAGCCCCAAGAGCAAGUCCUCUGCCAUGGCUCCCAUCGCGGAGUGA